CUAAGAAAUUAUGAAAGAAGAGAGAGAACAAACAAACAAGGCAUGCUCUGUUUGAUUGCUGAGAAAGUUUUCUUUCAAGAAUGAUAGAAAAUAUUUGGAGUGAGUGUUGUAAUCUAUUGUAUUCAUUUUUGUAUAGCUUAGCUUAGCUUAAGACUUUAUAGACUUUACUUACUUUACAAAAUUGGGGUGGGAGCCUUGUGUGGGUUUUCCUUUCUUUUCUUUUUUCUUUUCACUUUGUAAAAUUAAAGUUAAGGGCACUAGUGCUAAUUAUUCCUUCUCUGCAUUUUUCUGUUUACUGGUUCCCCUGAUGCUUGACACCAGAGUUCACACUCAAUCAUUUUUGGGCACUCGUGGCCUUAAAAUUUACUAGAUAAAAAGAUGGGGUUUUCAAGAGAUGGAAAUGGGAAGUAGGGGGUAGUAACUCAGUUGUCGGCAAGUUCUCUUCUUUCUCUUCUUUUUUAGCUGUUUUUGGUUUUGGAUUAUUUGGGUUGUGUAGUGUUAAUAGUAAAGACCCAAUUUUUUUUUUCUUUUUUCUUUUUAACUCUUUGUUAAUUGGUUUUUGUUUGUCUCUGAGUUUAUCUCUAGUUUAGAUUGAUGGAAUAGUAUCUUUUGUUUGUGCUUUUUGCAUUGCUUUUUCAGUUGAAGCAAAGUUGAUAUUUUUAGCUGGUAUAAUAUGAGUUGUUGUGGGCAGUUCUUGUUUUAAAGGAUUGAACUUUUUGAGUUUAUGGUACACAGGAUCAGUCUCAAAAGCACACUUAGUUUUUCCCUUUGUUAUUUCAUUAAGGAUAUAUAAUAAGAUUGGUGGAAGGUGAGGUUCAGCUUUAGUUGCAGCUUUGCCCUAAAUUUUCUUAUUCUUAUUCUAAUUCUUCUUCUGUUAUACCUAGAGAGAAGAGAAGUUUAGUAUUCUCAAAAGGGUCAGACUGGUUUUCUUUUAUUGUUCUAAAUGUUGGAUCUUGUUUGAAGAAAGUUAUAGCCUUUAGUUAAAAAAAUGGCUGAAAUUAGGCUUACAAGGGUAGAACAAGGUCAUACUAAGAUUAGAAAUGUCCCAAUUGCAGUAACCCCAGAAGGUUUCUGGUGUUGCCCUUCUCCUGUUGUGUUUCAAAAGACUAUCAAAACUCAAAAUACCUUAAACAAACCCAAACCCUCUUCACCUCCUCACAAGAUCAAUCCCCAUAGAAAACAAAACCCAAUGUCUGAAAGAAAAAUACCCUUUACACCAUCAAGGUCAGCAGCUAUUUCUGAUGGUCAAAGAAUUCUCAACCCUGAGAUAGUAACUGAGGGACCUGUUCUUACUUCAUCUGUUGUUACAGAGAGACCCCCUAAACCAAAAGUUGAUACUUUGCCAAGGAAGGUAGCUAUUGAGUUUGGUGAGGCUGGAACUAGUGAUAUGAAGGUGGUUUUAUUGGGAAAGCAAGGAUUUUGUGUGAAGUUGAGUGUUCACAAAAAUGUUCUUGUGGAGUUUAGUACUUUCUUUGCUGAUAAACUCAAUGAAGAACAAUCCAGUUUGUCAAGUCUUGAGAUUAAUGAUUGUGAAGAUAUUGAAAUCUAUGUUGAGACUGUUGGGCUGAUGUAUUGUAAAGAAAUGAAGCAACGGUUGAUCAAGCAAAGUGUCUCUCGUGUACUUCGUAUUCUCAAGGUUGCAGAACAACUUGGGUUCAACUCAUGCAUCCAUUCAUGUUUAGAGUACUUAGAAGCAGUGCCAUGGGUUGGGGAAGAAGAAGAAGAGAAAGUUGUCUCGUCGGUUCUAAGACUCCAAGGUGAGGGUAUAGGGGUAUCCCCAGUGUUGAAAAGAGUCUCUUCUGAAAUUUCAAAGCCCUCAAAAGACACACUUGUUCAAAUCAUUGAACUUGUUCUCAAAAGCAACGAUGAGAGAAGCCGGCGUGAAAUGAAGUCUGUAGUCCUGAAACUCCUCAAGGAAAAUAGUGGGCUCCCAAGCUAUGCAGGCUCUGCUGACAUUUGCAAUGAAACAAUUUAUGGUUCAUGCCAAAGUUGCUUUGAUUCACUACUGUCUCUGUUCAAGCAGGCUGCAGACCCCGAGUUUUCUGAUAAGCAAAUGGAAACUAGAGAACCCGUGGUGAAGCAAAUAGCUUUAGAAUCUGAUAAUCUGUCAUGGUUACUUGAGAUCUUAGCCGAUAGGCAAGCAGCAGAUGAAUUUGCAGUAAUAUGGGCAAGUCAGCAAGAAUUGGCAACCUUACACGAAAAGCUCCCUAUUGUGUCUCGCUACCAUGCCAGCUGCAUUACAGCGAGACUAUUUGUUGGCAUUGGAAGAGGAGAGCUACUACCAUCAAAAGAUACUCGCCAAUUGUUGUUGCAGACAUGGUUGCAGCCGUUGAUCAACGACUACAGCUGGUUGCAACACGGGUGCAGGUCAUUUGAUCGGAAGGUUGUGGAAGAAGGAAUUGGUAGGACAAUCUUGACUUUACCAUUAGAGGAACAGCAAAGUAUUAUGCUUUCAUGGUUAAGUAGUUUCCUUAAAGCUGGUGAUAACUGUCCUAAUCUUCAAAGGGCCUUCGAAGUUUGGUGGCGAAGGACAUUCGUUAGACCCUAUGUCGAAACACAAGAUAGUAGUAACUCGUUUCAAACAGAUAACUAAAAGAAGUUAAUCUAAAUGAGUUUGAGAGUGAUGAAAUAAUUAUGUUUUGUAAAUCUAAUGUUGGCUGGCUACUCAAAUUAUCAGGGUGAAAAGGACAUAUUAUACAUAUAUGGUGGCUUGAGUUGAAGAUAAAACACUCUUGUGUCCAUUGGGAAAAAGCUCAUUUGGGUUGAUUGAUUUGAUUUGUUGGUUUAUGUAAAAUUAGUGAAAAAGAGUAAUCUUUAUGGUUUUGUUUUCUCAUUGGGUAUGAAUGUGUCAUUGUGGAUAAUAUAUAUAAAUGCUUUGGAUAAUGUAUUUGUGUACUUAUCUAUACUUAUGACUAUAUCAGGAGUCUAUUAUGUUCUGCAAA